AUGAGGAUAAUUUCAAUCCUUCCGCUUUUCUUAUUGGGAUCUCUCAUAAACUGCCACCAAUUGACCCUCAAUGAAUACACAUCCGAGAGAUGCUCUUUUGUUAAUAAAUCAAUUCAAGUUCAAGUUCACAGCACACAUGAUGAUAUUUCCAUUAGAUAUCUCAUAUUUCAUUACAAAGAUAUUCUGAUAUCAGAUAUACCCAAUUACAAAAAUCAUGACAAAGACGCUCCUAAGCGCUGUGGUGAUGAUGGCUGUGGAGGUGGAUACGGUUAUGAUGUCCAUUUUGAACCAGAUCAACAACAUGAUCCAGUGAGUAAUGGUGUGCUCAGCAAAGAGAAAGGAAAUUUAUUGUAUGAUGUUUCGAACCCAGGGUUUUAUUGCAUUUAUCUAGACCCGAAUGCUGAUUAUUAUGGUGAUGUUAUCUUUGAAAAUAAUUUUGGUCAUUUAGAUGUUGACAACUACACUAGAUUGAGCUUCAAAAGGACCUUUUAUUUACCUUUGUUGACAGUUAUUCUUUUAUUUACGUUCUUAUGGAAAUACCCAUUGAAAUUCAAAAGAUUUGUUGGCGCCGUGUGGUUGAUACAAGUUAUUGAAUCGGUUUCAUUAGGUCUCGUUUCGAAAUACGGUUUGAAUAUUUGGACUGAAGUUUUUGAUGCAUUGUUUGGUGAUGUUGCUGUAAACUUAAUCAUUGGAUUCAUAUUGCUUCAAAUUGCCUAUCACUCUUUUGGUUAUGAGAUUGUUGAUGAUGAAUCAAUGAUAUUCAAGGAUACAAAAGUUAUCAAAUUGAUAAUUCUUGCAUUUGUUGUUUUGAAAUGCCUCAAUGGGUUGUUUUUCAAUGAUUCGUUAAUUCCUUAUUAUGACUUACAUUUCAAUUCUAUAAGAAGAUACUUGUUAUUACUACAGUACAUCCCAUAUAUUUUAGUUUAUGUUAGCAUUGUGUUUGAAUUUUUAAGCCUGCAAAAAAACUUCAAAAUUGAUGAUUCAAGAAUUGUCAAAUCAUUUCAACUUUUCACAAUCAUCCCCCCAUUUAUUGCAGGUUUAAAGCUUUUCUUUGGUGCAUUUGUCAUUCACAAGUCAAAUGAUCCUGGAUUUUAUGAUGCUUACUUCAAAGAUAUCUUAGUUCUCAUACCUGCAUUCAUCACUGAUAUACUUGUCCUGUUGAGUAUACUUGUGCUAUGUUUUCUUUGGCGGCAGAGAAAUUCCUCUUCGUAUGAGAGAGUUGGAAAUUCCAAUGCAGAUCAAGCUAUAGAGUUGGAUGAUAUGAAUACCAAUAAAUAG